AUGGCGGCGCCGUGCGACGGAGGAUCAGAACCUCACGCAGGUGGCGCGCCGUCGAAGUGCUCGUGCGGCUCGAACAACUGCGCGGAAUGCGGUCGGAGGCGAAUGUCGACCUCCAGCCUGCCAUCGUCGUCGUCCUCCUGUUCCCUGCUGAGCUUCGAUUCCUAUCCAGUUCAGGACUACGAUAAGACAUGGAGAGUUUUCACGGCCACUGUCAAAGGCUUCGCCAUCGGUGCCGGACUUAAAGGUGGACUGGCCAUCUUCGCUUUUCUCACCCGCCUUCGCCGCCGGCGAUUACUACCGGCUUCCAAGAAAGUUGAAAUGGCUUCAAUCAGUGCAGAUAUGGUUUUGGCUUUGAAAGAGACUCUAAGAUAUGGAUUAUUUCUUGGUUCAUUUGCUGGGACAUUCGUGUCCGUGGAUGAAAUCAUUGCUGCUUUGGGUGGUCACCGGAGGACUGCGAAGUGGAGAGCUUUGCUGGCAGGUGCGCUAGCCGGCCCAUCAAUGCUGCUGACUGGGUUGGAUACUCAGCACACAAGUUUGGCAAUUUACAUUUUCAUGCGUGCCACUGUAUUGGCUUCACGCUGUGGGAUAAAAAGCAAGAAAUUUGGUCAUAUAUCUAUAGAAAAGUUCUACGAGUCCAAUGGUGUCAAUAUUAAGUUAGAUCCACAGAUGAAAAUACCAUGCUCGAUAAUUCAUGGGAAUGAAGGAUGUGGUACACAUUUUUUAACCUUUCUCCUUCAAGCUUAUAAAAGAGCAUUACCAGUUUAUCUUCCUGUCUAUUUAAUUCCUGCCCUCAUCGUACAUCGUCAAGGUCUCUUGAAAAGGCCUUACACAAUUUUAUGGAAAGGUCUGUUUGGUACUGUAAGGUCAAGCUUGUUCCUCUCAACGUAUUGUUCAUCUGCUUGGUUAUGGACAUGCAUCCUGUUCAGAAUUUUGAAGAGAUGUAACAUUCCCAUGGUGGCAAUAGGAACGUUUCCAACUGGUCUGGCUCUAGCGAUCGAGAAAAAGAGCAGAAGGAUAGAGAUAUCCCUGUACUGUCUUGCACGAGCAAUCGAGAGCUUUUUUACAUGCAUUGCAGACUCAGGACACUUGCCUCGCUCUAAACAUUUUAAACGAGCUGAUGUUGUGGUGUUCAGCAUAUCAACUGCAAUGAUAAUGCACUGUUAUGCCAUGGAGCGGGACGUGUUCCGUUCCAAGUACCUAAAUGUUCUCGACUGGGUGUUUGGUGUUCCUCUCUCUCCGUAUGUGGCCACCCCACCCCUCGACCUCCCGGCUCAAACAAGGGUCGACGCCGUAACGUUCGCCAUCAGAAUCAGUGGUUGUUGCUCGCCUUUGGUCGCGCUCCCUGGGAGCAUCGAAAUCCUCAGCCCACAUGGCACCCGACCCUUGUUCAUCGCCGAAGAACGCAGUCGUGCACCACAGUUUGCGCGGCCAGCGGGCCGCAAAACCAUCGAGCCCGUAUUGGCCGUGCCCUUCGUCGCCCCGCGGACCAUCGCGCUCACCGCCUAG